AUGAAGUUCUUGGCUGUUGUUUUGGUCGUGAUCCUUGUUGCACAGCUCACAGUUGCUGAUUUAAAGAUUUCACUAAGUGACCUGCUUCAGGCGCGUGAAGAGCAGCAUCACGUUAAUAUCAACAAAAUAGAAGUACUCGUAGCUACCCAAGCUCUCUUCAUCCCGACAACUAUAAAAACGUGCCUGGACUCAACAUGUGAUGCUGUUUGCAGAGCCCUGGGCUACAGCCAUGGAGUUUGUAUUAGUUCAAGUACAUGUCGCUGCUCCAACUAA